UGUAUAGCGAGAAAAUAUUGAUAGAAUGCGGUGAUAUGUAUCCAUAUGUUUGAAAAUACGAUCUUGACACCGAAAAAUGUGCACUGUGCGAUUGAAGAUUGUAUAACAACGAUAAUUGUACGUUCUCUGUAUUUAAUUGAAGUCUCACUCUUCGACAAUUCUUCGCAAUUUGUCUGACAUGCUUCGAAAAGUUAACCUUUAUGGACGGAAAAAUAUAUUUUUAUGAUUUUGAAAUGUUUAAUUAAAAGGAACGAGAUACUUGGCCAGCGAACAGCCAGCUAAAAAUUGACGUGCACGAUGGGGGAGAUAAAUGUGUCUUUUCAAAUUGACACUGACAAUCGCGAGAAUUUUUCGUCUGCCAUGGCGUUCCAUACCUUCAAAAAGCAGCGAGAUGCCUUUUACGAUAUCCUAAGAAUUUGGGAAGUGAAUCAUUUGGUACCAGGAUGGGUAUUCCAAAUUGCACUAGGUGGCAAAAUAAGAAAUAUGUUGACGUUGCAUAAUGACUGCACUAAUUAUUAUCACAUUGCUAGGUUAUUUAAGUCACAAUUGCUAACAUCAUGCAUACAGAAUGGACAUCAGGAUGAUGUAGUGGAUGAUGAGAGCUUGAAUUUCCUGAAAGCUUUAAAGCAUGUUAAUCCAGAAAAAUUGACGCAACUCAGUAAGAGAUUUGUGACUCCUUUACCAUCACAGAAUCAAAGUAUUGGUCCUUCAUUUCCUGGUACGCAGGAAUUUUUUAAAGAUUUUAUAUUGCACGCAUUUAAUCCAAUAUUUUAUACACAUUUGGAGAACUGUUUUGUACAUGAGAUAAUGGAAUUGAACGAUACUCAAUUUGCUAAUAGUGAGAUAGAAGACUCAGAAACAAUGGUUGACGAUCAAACUCAACAGAAUUUUAUUACUUGUUUAGCCAGUUUAAGGCUUCUUGCAAAAGUAUUAGGACUUUUAAUAUCAUUACCAUACAGAUCUGAAUGUAACACUACAAAAGAGAUUAUAAUAACACAAGUAGAGAUAAGAAGCAAAGUAUUACCAUCAUUGAACUUACAAGCAUGUCUUCAGAACGCUAUAAUCGAAGGCAAACUGUCAUUGACAAUACCUUGGGUAGUAAAAUAUCUGGCUAUGAUGGACAUUGUGUCACUUCGACUGCCAUACUAUAAGCAGAUCUUAGAACUGUUAUAUUACAUUUAUCAUGCUAUUAAUCAGACUGAUCUUUUUGCCCCUGAUUGUCUUAUUUCUCAACAAUCGGCUGUACUGCUCAAAUCGAGUUUAUGUUGGCUGUUUGAGCUACCAAAUUUUCCCAGAGAUUUUUACGUUGUCUGGCAAAAGAAUUGCAAAAUCAAGGAACUAAAGAGUCUCAAACAGAUUGAAAAAUUUUCUGAAAAGAAAAAGAAUUUGCAUUCCGCCGACUGCGCAUCGAAAAUUCCCAUCAAAAGUAGUCUUGAUAAAUUGGAUAUAAUUACCGAUCGAACGAUGCGUAUGUGUUGUCCGCGAAUGGAAUCAACUCUUUCUGUGUUUCAAGGAAAUGGGACAAAUUUGAAUAUUAAUUCUAAUAAGCAUAUUACACCCGUUACCAGCAAAUUACGUAAAUUAGGAGGCACUACUCGUGCAAAACAUUUGGAGCUGCAAUUGGAAGAAGCUUUUUUUCAUGGACAACCGGCUUCUACUCGAAAGACUGUUGAUUUUGUUUCCGAAAGAGUUGCGUCAACUUGUGUGAAGCACAUAUGCAACACCUUAUUGGCUUCGUCGCGAGAAGCAAAUUUAAAUUGUUUCAGAAAAAUUUUGAAACAUAAGCACAUCGAGAAAGAUUCUGAUGAACAGAGCGAACUGUUGAGAAAUUACUUCAAUGAAUUUAAGGCUUCACUAGUGAGCGACAUGAAUACAUUGGCCAAUAACGCGUCGAGAGAGUUAAAAGAUCAGUGUGAGAAAACAAUUCCGACGAUUUGUGAGGCGCGAGUCGCUGCAUCGAUAGAAUCUUUGUUGGCAGAAGAUUCUCUAAUGGCAGUCAAGGAAAUGUGCAUUAAGAUCGCGACUAGAAUGGCGAUGGAACGAAUAAAUCAGUGGAUUCAGUCACAUAUUGCCGGUGAUUCCUUGUUUAUAAAGGACAUGGAACUUGAGAUUAAUAGAUUCUUUCGGAACAGUAGUCCUAUACAUUCCAAGCAAGAAAAACAUCACAAUACAGAUACUCCUAGUCCUACUGUUAUGAUGGACAAGGUUCGGGAAUUGAUAUGGCAUAUGUUGGAUAACCAUGGUAUAGAUUUAACUAUAUCGUCUAUAUUGGACAUUUUAGACAAACUGUAUCACUCGUUUAAUCAAAGAAGUGAUUUAUUACCAGGACCACAGAAAGUUUUGUAUAAUCUCAGUAUGGAUUUUGCGCUGUUUUUAGUGGCAUAUAGAACAGAUCUCUUUACGCAAGAGGUCCAGGACAAAUUGAUUAAAAUAUGGUCAUUAGACAGUCUAAAAGAUGACGAAGAUGAUUCGCCUAUGCAUAGAAUUCUGUGUUCUAGAAAUAUUAUGUUGCUGACGCAGCCACGGAAUGACACAAUGUGGCCAAUUUUUGGAAAAUUUCUGAAAAGGCUAUUAGAAACAAAGAUACUCGAUGGAAACAAUUUAAGCGAUCAGUGUGUAGCUUUAUUCAGACAAGAUUGGCCUGUGCCUUUGUUAAAACUUUUAUCGAAGUGCCUGUCCGAGGCCAUUGAGGGUUACAAAGCCACUGAUGAAGCGACAGAGAAAGUUAAGUACCUCCUUGGCUGGGUAGUAGAAACAUAUCACGAGAUCGAUUUUUGUGAGGAUGAUUUAUAGACUGACAUAAUAAGUAGUAUAGUUAACGGUACUGCGAUAAUUGGAAAAUAUGACUUUGUUGAGAUAAAUUUCUGUAAAUAUAAUUAAAAUCUUUUCUGUACAUAUAAAUGUAUAUUGUUAUAUAUUACGGUACGAAACAUUCUUGUUUUGUAAAUGUGUACGCGACAAAGAUGCAUGCGUAUUAUUCGCUUUGAGAGUGUAUAUGGACGAGUAUUUUAUGAGUAAGAAAAUAAAGAAACUAACUUUUUA